GGGGUUGGCCAUGCGAAGUGAUGGCCGACCUGGCUGAUGCUCAGCGAGUGGACAAGGAGGAGCUGCUAGAAGCUCUCUCCAAAAAGGAGGGAGAGUACGGCGAGUACGAAGUUUCACCCGAAGAAUUUGCAGCAGUUGCGCCAGAGGAGGAUGGCAAAGAUCCGCACGAGGGUGGACCUUCGCAGCAUGUCAAGCAGGUUGCAAAGAGUGCUGCUCAUGAGCUGCACGCAGACGAGUUGCGACGUGCCAAGAGGGCCAUCAAGAAGGAUCGUCAAGCGCAGCAAGAGGAGGAAGUCCUGCUACAGGCUUUGAAAGACGAGCAGAUGCGUCGGGAGGAGGACGCUCGGUACCACCAGCUGCAAGGACGAAAAAGACUGAAGGAGGCGCAAGAUAAGCAGACGGCUCGGAAAGAGCAGAUGGAGGAAGUGCGGGAGGCGCGCUUUGACUACGACGUCAAGCGGGUCAUGCAGCUUAAGGCCAUCCUGUUGAAGAUCAAGUCGCAGAAUGAGCGACGUGAGAAGAAACAACAGAAGGUCAAGGCAGCACAGUGGCCUUGA